AUGUCGAAGGAAGUGGUUAUUCUAGUCACCGGUGGUACAGGACUUGUCGGCAAGGCCAUCGAAACGGCAGUGAAGAAGGAACGAAAGGAACCGAAUGAAAAAUGGGUGUUUCUGUCUUCGAAGGACGGCGAUCUGUCCGACUACAACCAGACGAAGGCGCUGUUCGAUAAGUAUAAGCCGACUCAUGUGCUGCAUUUGGCGGCGAAGGUCGGAGGGCUGUUUUCUAAUCUGCAGAACAACCUGUUGUUCUUUCGCGAGAAUAUGGCCAUCAACAGCAAUGUACUGCAGUGUGCCAACGAAUCCGGUGUUCAGAACCUGAUCUCUUGCAGCAGCACGUGCGUGUUUCCGGACCAGUGCACAUACCCGCUGACCGAAUCUAUGAUGCACAUGGGUCCUCCACAUUCGUCCAACUUCGGCUACGCCUAUGCCAAGCGCAUGGGUGACGUGCUCAGCCAGCUGUACAACCGAGAAUUCCAUCGUCACUACAUGCUCGCCAUCCCGUGCAACGUCUAUGGACCGUACGAUAACUUCAACCUGCAGUCGUCGCACGUCAUUCCCGGCCUGAUUCACAAGUGCUACUUGGCCAAGCGAGAUAAAACGCCGUUGGUCGUCUACGGAAGCGGAAAGCCCUUGCGUCAGUUCAUAUACUCGAUGGACUUGGCGCGGCUGUUCGUCUGGGCGCUAUUCAACUACAAGGACACGACGCCGAUCAUCUUUUCGGUCGGCGAAGAGGACGAGAAAAGCAUCAGGGAGAUUGUGGACAUAAUCGUCAAAGCGAUGGAGUUUGACGGCGAGGUGAUUUACGACACGACCAAGAACGAUGGCCAGUUCAAGAAGACGGCGUCGAACGCGAAGUUGCGUUCUUUGCUGCCGGAUUUCAAGUUUACUCCGUUAGAACAAGCUUUGAAGGAAACGGCCACAUGGUUCACGCAGAAUUUCGACACGGCCAGGAAAUGA